GUACAAGAUUACGUGUUCAGUUGUUCCCCACCUGUCCCAGCAUGACUUGCAUCCUCCAGCCACGGGCACAUGAUGGCUCUUAAGGUUACCCUCAGUCGGGAUAAUAUUAUUAAAAGCUCACCACAAGAAAACUUUAACCUUCGGGUUCGGGGGCAGCGUAUUGUUCCAAAUAAGCCUGCUCCAGUUCUUCUUGUCUCCAGAGCUAUUGUGGGGGUGGGGGUGAGUGUUGUAGAACCCUAUCGCAAGAAGAAAUGCCGACUUCACGGAAAAGUUCCCUUUCGGCUCGUAGCGCCAACAAAUUCUAUCUUCCCCUCCAUGUUCACAAAUAGGUGUGCGUCGCACAGCCUCAAUCUCAUGAUAAUUCCUUUCUCAAUCAAAGGCCGGCUCCAUGCAAUGGAUCGCCGCACAUACGAGGCGUUCGAGGUCAUCAUCAUAACUUAUUUACACUUAAUGUAUCGCAUGAUGAAUUCUUUUCUCCACUUAUAAUAUAAUUUAUUUAUUAUUAUUAUUAUUAUUAACACUAGAAUUUUAAUAAUUUUUUAUUUAUACACUCAAUUAUUUUUACUAAAAUUCACAUACUCUCUUCUAAGAUUAUUUUUUUAGAACGGAGAAAUUAUAAGCGAGAGGGAGGGAGUUCAUGGUUUCCAAAUUACAGUACAUAAAUGUGAAACAUCCUUGAAAAAAGAAAAAAGAAAAAAAGUUAAAAAUAUACUACUAAUUUUUUAUUUUGUAGAGAUAAACCCCACCCAAAAAAGAAAAGAUAAAAGAAACAAAAAGAUUUCCCGGCAAUGCCAAUGCUGCAACAGCAUUGCACUAACCUCCAAAACCACCACGACUCACGCCUCUCUAACCUUUGAUUCCCUCCUCCCUCCAUAUGCAAUUUCCUCAUCGCCCACUUCAAUUUCUCCCAAUUUUUUGAGGGCGGAGUCGAAUUCGAUCACAACCAACAUGUCAACCUCCAUCCUACUCUCCCACCCUCUAUCCCCACACCUUCAUCUCCCCAAACCCAAAUUCCGUCCUCCUAUAACCUCCAAAUUCUCUUGUUUCGAGCUAAAAAAUGUUUCCCUGCGCCGACCCUUCAAAUCCCACUUUACAGGUGGACCUCAAAAGCUCAGGAAACUCGUAUUAGCGCGAGUGGCGGAAACUGAAGCCGAGAGAAGUGAUGUUUCUCCGCUGGUGGGUGAGGAUUCUGCCGAAUUCGUCUUGUCCGAGCAGAAGAUUUCUUCGUGGGUUUAUUUCACUCUGGUUUUGGGCGUCGUGCUUUAUAUUCUCAACGUGGCUUGGAUUGACAACUCCACCGGUUACGGUAAAGUAUUCAGCGACGCUGUUUCGAGCGUUUCCGGCAGCCCCGAGGUUGCCAUGUUGGUUCUUAUUCUCAUAUUUGCACUGGUUCACAGUGGCUUAGCUAGCCUCAGGGACACAGGUGAGAAACUCAUUGGAGAACGAGCAUUCCGUGUAUUAUUUGCGGGGGUAUCUCUUCCGUUAGCUGUUAGUACUGUUGUUUAUUUCAUCAACCACAGAUAUGAUGGUGUGCAGUUAUGGCAACUUCAGGGUGUUCCUGGACUACAUGAGCUUCUUUGGUUCGCCAACUUCGUUUCCUUCUUUUUCCUUUAUCCUUCGACUUUCAACUUGUUAGAGGUUGCAGCAGUUGACAAGCCCAAGAUGCAUCUCUGGGAAACUGGAAUAAUGAGAAUAACUAGGCACCCACAGAUGGUUGGGCAAGUAAUCUGGUGUCUUGCUCACACAAUUUGGAUCGGGAAUUCAGUUGCAGCCGCAGCUUCUGUGGGUUUGAUUGCGCACCAUCUGUUUGGUGUUUGGAAUGGAGACCGGAGAUUGGCCAUACGAUAUGGUGAAGCUUUUGAAGCUGUUAAGAGUAGAACUAGUGUAAUCCCAUUUGCUGCUAUUCUCGAUGGGCGCCAGAAGCUACCAGAAGAUUACUACAAGGAAUUCCUCCGGCUGCCAUAUAUAUCAAUAACAGGAUUGACGUUGGGGGCGUACUUUGCUCACCCACUUAUGCAGGCCGCCAGUUUUCGUCUUCAUUGGUAGCUUCGCCUGCUGUAUAUUUCCUCCGCAAGAGUAAGUCUCGGUUUCAUGAUACUGUUCCCGGCUGGAGCAUUUUGCAAGUGUUUAGAUAACUGCAGCAUGGUUUGUAUUUGUCGAACGGACGAGUAUUAAAUAAGGAGGUUUAUCAACAAAUGAAACAUAGAUCAUUCAAAUGUGUAGUAAAACACUAAACAGUUAGCCUAAUACAGAAUUAAUUUCUUGCAA